CAAUCGUUUGUUGGGUCCUUCGCCGUGUAAGGGCCAGGCAGUUCUUGUAGUCCUGUGCAGGCUGGGCGAUCAUUCAACAGGGAAGCAGUGGUGUUAAAAAGCAGCACACGUAAAGAUCAUAAUGGCCUCCAUGUUGCUGAAAACAACGCGGACUGGCGCUGUCAGUCCUUCCUGGGCGGUGCGCUCUCUUGUCCGAUCUCUCAGUACAACAACGCAACUCCAGGCUCAAGCUCAAACAAAGAGCAAAAAGACACUGGCUCGUCCUGGGUUGAAGAACAUUGUUCUGGUAGAAGGUGUUCGGACCCCUUUCCUGAUGUCUGGAACCACGUAUGCAGAUCUGAUGCCCCAUGACCUGGCCAGAGCAGCUCUUCAGUAAGUUUGUGAUCGAGUUGACUUUAAUACAAAAUGCAACUUAGAAAAAACU